ACGAAGACGAAGACGAGGACGAGGACGAGGACGAGGACAAGGACGAGGACAAGGACAGGAAAAAGGACAAGGAAAAGGUCAACGACAAGGACAAGGACGGGAACAAGGGUAGAGACAAGGACAAGGACAAGGACAAGGACAAGGACAAGGACAAGGACAAGAACAAGAACAAGGACAAGGACAAGGACAAGGACAAGGACAAGGACAAGGACAAGGACAAGAGACAAGGACAAGGACAAGGACAAGGACAAGGACAAGGACAAGGACAAGGACAAGGACAAGGACAAGGACAAGGACAAGGACAAGGACAAGGACAAGGACAAGAACAAGGACAAGGACAAGGACAAGAACAAGGACAAGGACAAGGACAAGGACAAGGACAAGGACAAGGACAAGGACAAGGACAAGGACAAGGACAAGGACAAGGACAAGGACAAGGACAAGGACAAGGACAAGGACAAGGACAAGGACAGGGACAAGGACAAGACCAAGGACAAGAACAAUAACAGGGACAAGGUCAAGGAAAAGGACAAGGGCAAGGAAAACGACACGAACGAAGACAAGGAAAGGACAAGAACGAGGACAAGGACAAGAGCAAGGACAAAUACAACAACACGGAUGAGGACAAGGACAAGGACAACAACACGAAUGAGGAGAAGGAAAGGACAAGGACAAGAAGGACGAAGACAAGGGCAAAAACACGGAUGAGGACAAGCACAAGGACAACAACACGAAUGAGGACAAGGACAAGGACAAGGACAAGGACAGGGACAGGGACAGGGACGGGGAAACGGACAGAGAAAAGGACAAGGACAAGGACAGAGACAGGGACAGGGACAGGAAAAAGGAAAAGGACAACAGCACGAAUGAGGACAAAACAAGGACAAGAAAAAGGAGGAGAACAAAGUCAAGGACAAGGACAUGGACGAAGAGAAGUUAAAGGACAAGGACAAGAACAAGAACAAGGAGAGGGAUAAGGUCAAGGACCAGGAGCAGGACGUGGACAAGGAAAAGAGAAACGACAACGAGAAAGACAGGAAUAAGAACAAGGAGACACAAAAGCAGAAGCACAAGGAUAAGAAUAAGGACGAGGACAAGGACAAGGACAAGGACAAGGACAACAACAUGAGUGAGGACAAGGACAAGAGCAAUAACACGAAUAACAACAAGGUUAAAAAGAAAGGGACAAGGUUAAAGACAGGGAAUAAGAACAACGAGACACAAAAGCAGAAGCACGAAGACAAGAACAGGGACAAGGAAAAGGACAAGGGCAAGGACAACAACGAGAGUGAGGACAAGGAAAAGAACAACAGCACAAAUGAGGACAAGGACAAGGACAAGGACAUGAAAGACAAGAACAAGGACAAGGACAUGGACAAGGGAAAGGAAAAGGAAAAGGAAAAGGAAAAAGAAAAGGAAAAGGAAAAGGACAGGGACUAAGACAAGGACAAGGACGGGGACAAGGACAAGGACAAGAACGGGGACAAGGACAAGGACAGGGACAGGGACAGGGACAGGGACAGGGACAGGGACAGGGACAGGGACAGGGACAGGGACAGGGACAGGGACAGGGACAGGGACAUGGACAUGGACAUGGACAUGGACAUGGACAUGGACAUGGACAAGGGCAAGGGAAAGGGAAAGGGAAAGGGAAAUGAAAAGGAAAAGGACUGGGACAGGGACUGGGGCAAGGACAAGAACAGGGACAAGGAGAAGUACAGGGACAAGAACAGGGACAAGGACAAGGACAAGGACAAGGACAAGGACAAGGACAAGGACAAGGACAAGGAAAGGACAAGGAAAAGGAAAAGGACAAGUACAAGGACAAGGACAAGGACAAGGAGAAGGACAAGGACAAGGACAAGGACAUGGACAUGGACAAGGACAAGUACAAGGACAAUGACAAGAAACUGGACAAGUACAAGGACAAGUACAAGGACAAGAACAGGGACAAAGACAAGGACAAGGACAAGGACAAGGACAAGGACAAGUUCAAGUUCAAGUACAAGUACAAGGACAAGGACAAGGACAAGGACAUGGACAAGGGAAAGGAAAAGGAAAAGGAAAAGGAAAAGGAAAAGGAAAAGGACAGGGACAGGGACUGGGACAUGGACAAGUACAAGGACAAGAACAAGGACAAGGACAAUUUUUGAUAAUUUGAAGAUAUUUUUACUUAGUUAACGUUUCUAUCUAUUUUAUUUUUUUACUUUACCAUUAUCAUUUACGCUUACAGAUGUAAGCUUAUUUUGACAACAUUCAAGCUAGAAUAAACUGUCCACUGCCUCCUUGUCAUAAAUUGGAAUGGAAGCCACAUUCGAUAUCUUGUUAGGUUUAACUUAAUACAGUUCAGUGGCGAUCUCUAUAAAAGGGCGGUCAAGGGCAUUUCGCAUAGAAAAAAGUUUUGCCUCAAACAUUACCCAUUACACUAUCUUUGGUAGUAAGUAAAUAAAACUUCAUUGGUUUUUAGAAAUGCGUUAAGAAAAAACUUCGAGAGUUCUCAAUGAUCAAAGCUGCAAAAGGCGUCGGCGAUGCUGUCAAUGCAUGCAGUGAAAACUUGCACUGGAUCUUGGACAUUCCUUCUCGCUGAUCUUAAGUCCUGUAUUUCUCUGCUCCCAUCAAGUGCAAACACGCUGAUAGCGUGGAAGAAGUAGGGUAGAAUUGCGAGCAAACAAUGACGUUAUUGCUGCCACCAUUCAGGUGGGAGAAGUACACAAUUGAAUUAUGUGACUAAGUCACUGGUCAGAGUGAAUUUCAGGUUGUGAGAAGGGAAAAGGAAAAGGAAAAGGACAGGGACAGGGACUGGGACAAGGACAAGUACAAGGACAAGGACAAGGACAAGGACAAGGACAAGGACAAGGACAUGGACAAGGGAAAAAGGAAAAGGAAAAGGACAGGGACAGGGACUGGGACUGGGACUGGGAUAAGGACAAGGACAAGGACAAGGACAAGGAUAAGUACAAGUACAAGGACAAGGACAAGGACAAGGACAGGGACAAGGACAGGGACAGGGACAGGGACAGGGACAGGAACAGGACAGGGACAGGAACAGGAACAGGAACAGGGACAGGGACAGGGACAGGGACAGGAACAGGGACAGGGACAGGGACAAGGACAAGGACAGGGACAAGGACAAGGACAAGGACAAGGACAAGGACAAGGACAGGGACAGGGACAGGGACAAGGACGAGCACAAUGACAAGGGCAACGGCAAGGACAAGGACAAGAACAAGGACAAGAAAAAGGAGGGGGACAAAGUCAAAGACAAGACAACAGGAACAAGGACAAGGACAAGGACAGGGACAGGGACAGGGACAGGGACAGGGACAGGGACAGGGACAGGGACAGGGACAAGGACAGGGACAACAGGGACAUGGACAUGGACAUGGACAAGGACAAGGAAAGGACAAGGGAAAGGAAAAGGAAAAGGAAAAGGACAGGGACAGGGACAGGGACUGGGAUAAGGACAAGGACAAGGACAAGGACAGGGAUAAGUACAAGGACAAGGACAAGAACAGGGACAAGGACAAGGACAAGGACAGGGACAGGGACAGGGACAAGGACAAGGACAAGGACAAGGACAAGGACAAGGACAAGGACAAGGACAAGGACAAGGACAAGGACAAGGACAAGGACAAGGACAGGGACAGGGACAGGGACAGGGACAAGGACAAGGACAAGGAUAAGGAUAAGGACAAGGACAAGGACAACGACAAGUGUAAGUACAAGUACAAGUACAAGCACAAAGACAAGGAGGGGGACAGGGACAAGACAAGGACAAGGACAAGGACAGGGACAGGGACAGGGACAGGAAAAGGACAAGGACAGGGACAGGGACAAGGACAGGGACAAGGACAAGGACAGGGACAGGGACAGGGACAAGGACAAGGAUAAGGAUAAGGAUAAGGACAAGGACAAGGACAAGGACAACGACAAGUAUAAGUACAAGUACAAGUACAAGUACAAGCACAAAGACAAGGAGGGGGACAGGGACAAGACAAGGACAAGGACAGGGACAGGGACAGGGACAGGGACAGGGACAGGGACAGGGACAGGGACAGGGACAGGGACAGGGACAGGGACAAGGACAAGGACAAGGACAGGGACAAGGACAUGGACAAGGACAAGGACAAGGACAGGGACAGGGACAGGGACAGGGACAGGGACAGGGAAAAGGACAAGGACAGGGACAGGGACAAGGACAUGGACAAGGACAAGGACAAGGACAGGGACAGGGACAGGGACAGAGACAGGGACAGGGACAGGGAUAGGGACAAGGAUGAGGACAAUGACAAG